AUGGGGCCACCUGUCAAGAUUUUAGUUGUCCGAAACAACCUCCUCCUCCUCCUCUUGUUCUCUGUAGUCGUCCUGCUAGCUGUUGCUCAAUGCUCUUUUCUUCCACACUGUGAGCCAGUUAAUGAGACUGUAGCUGUGGAAAAGGAGGGCUGUCCAAAAUGUCUGGUUUUUCAGACCACCAUCUGCAGCGGUCACUGCCUGACGAAGGAGCCUGUAUACAAGAGCCCAUUUUCCACUGUCUACCAACAUGUGUGCACUUACCGGGACGUUCGCUACGAGACUGUCCGCUUGCCAGACUGUCCUCCAGGGGUGGACCCCCAUAUCACCUACCCAGUGGCUCUCAGCUGCGACUGCAGCCUGUGCACCAUGGACACGUCCGACUGUACAAUUGAAAGCCUGCAGCCUGACUUUUGCAUGUCUAAGAGAGAGGAUUUCCUUGUUUACUAG